CAUCAGAUGUUGGUAUAAAGCCAGGAAUCACCGUUUACAAUGAAUUAUUUUAAAAUAGAUUAAGUCGUCAGCGCGGGGUCUUCUGACAGCAUUAUACAAAUACACAAACAAACACACACACACAUGCUGUGUCGAGCUGUUCCUCAACACACAUAACAGGUGAACCCUGGACAGGUGUCGUCAGAAAUGCCCCGGAGCAGCAGUUAUUUGGGCUUUGCUGAGGGUAAAUAUCAGACCCCUCCUGCCUCUGAGCUCCAGAGAUUACUGUGGCUUAAACCAGGAACCAGCAGUCGCAUGGAUGAGGUCAGGCCUGGAAUCUACAUUGGAGACAUGUAUGCGGCGAAGGACAAACAUAUGCUACAAGCUCUUCAAAUCACACACGUGCUGAAUGCAGCUCACGGGAAGUUCAAUGUAGAUACAGGGGUCAGUUACUACAGAGACACAAAUAUCAAAUAUCACGGGGUGGAGGCGUUCGAUAUGCCUUCCUUUGACAUCAGCCCUUUCUUCUACUCUGCUGCAAAGUUUAUUAAGAGUGCCAUGAGCACCCCUGGAGGUAAGGUGCUUGUACACUGCGCGAUGGGUUUGAGUCGCUCAUCGACGCUGGUAUUAGCGUAUCUGAUGAUUUAUGAAGACAUGACGCUGGUGGAAGCCAUCAAAGCAGUGACUGAACACAGAAACAUCUGUCCAAACUCUGGAUUCAUGGAGCAACUGAGAGUACUGGACCAAAAACUCAUCAGUUAACACUUUACCAUCACCAGUUAAACAGACAUUACUUAGAUGUCAUAACAAAAAAUAGGCUGAAAUAACCUUAAACGCAUAUCAUAUACAGCAACAUUUGGCAGGGGGCAGGGGCCCACAGCGGGGCCGCAAGACAUGAUCUCACGAAUUUCCGUGGGAUAGUCACAGAAUUUUUUGCUCAUUUUUCCGUGGCAUUCUCAUGGAUUGGUUACUCAACUGUUAUGUCCUAUUUUCAGUUUAUGGUUAGAUUUACAUAAAAUGAUAUCUUUACCCAAACCCAACUCUAACCCCAACGCCAGGCAACAAUUGUUUAAAGUUUAGAAAAUAUAAAAGAAUAAAUCAGAAAAAAAUUGUAUAAACCAAUACUUAAAGUGACAUACUAACGCAAACACCAAAUCUAACUCUAAACCGAAGCGACAAUGGUUUGACAAGUAAAGAGCAGUUGAGUAUCCAUUUCGUGAGAAUGCCACGGAAAAAUUAGCAAAAAAUUCCGUGACUAUCCCACGGAACUUUGUGGGAUCAGGUUGUUCCAAGGAGGCCUGUCCAGGACUUAAAAUGAUUAAAAAUAAGAAAAAACAAGCAUUAAUAAACUAACACAACCAAAAACCAAUGUGACAAAUAUACAUCGAUCUAUUCAUGUCAAGUAGGGCUGCAAGAUAAAUCGCAAAUGUUGAGAACCAGUAUUACAUUUGAAUAUAAGGAAACAUAAGCGAAAGAGAUUUUAAGACUGUUUUAAUUUUAAUCAAAGACCAAGAGAUGUAUCUACAGUAAUGUCUGUUGUCACAUAUAUUUAUUGUUUUGUGUUUCAUGUUAAAAAUAUAUUUUUCUGUAUAAAAGAACCAAUAAAAAUGUGAUGAUUUAAAAAAAAAUGAUGCUGA